GGCAACUCUGACAGCACCCUCUGCCUAAGGUUCUUAGGCCCCUCUUACUUCCCAGCUGACCACUCAGAAUCUGGGCCUGAAAGACCAGCCCCUACUCUUCUGUUUAUGUCUGUCCUUCCUGUCAGUGGUUGGGUGGAGGUGGCUUGGGCCCUGUUUGAAGACGUGUUUGAAUUUCGGUCCUUCACUCGGCAGAUGCCGCAGGCCACCUUGUGCCCGGUGAGCCCCAGUGAGGGGCCCCCGGUGCUGUUUGCCUUGAACCAGACCUUACUGCAGCACGAGAGUGUGCGGGCCGGGAGCCUGCAGGCACCCUACACCACGGAGGACCUCAUCAAGCACUACAACUGCGGGGACCUCAACGCGGUCAUCUUCAACCAUGACACGUCCCAGCUACCCAACUUCAUCAACACCACCCUUCCACCGCAUGAGCAGGUGACAGCCCAGGAGAUCGACAGCUACUUCCGUCAGGAGCUCAUCUAUAAGAGGAAUGAGCGCAUGGGGAAGAGGGUCAUGGCACUCCUGCAGGAGAAUGAAGACAAGAUCUGUUUCUUUGCCUUCGGAGCAGGUCACUUUCUUGGGAAUAACACAGUCAUCGACAUCUUGCGGCAGGCGGGGCUGGAGGUGGACCACACACCUGCAGGACAGGCCAUCCACAGCCCUGCCACCGGGAGCCCAGCACCCCCUCCUGAGGGAACCUCGACGAGCCCGGCCCCAGCAACCCCAGCUGCUGCUGUCCCUGCAGCCCCCUCAGCGACCCCCACCACCCCGCCAGAGGAGGAGGAUCCAGCUCUGUCCCCGCACCUCCUGCUCCCCGACAGCCUGAGCCAGCUGGAGGAGUUCGGCCGGCAGAGGAAGUGGCAUAAGAGACAGAGCACGCACCAGCGUCCGCGGCAGUUCAAUGACCUCUGGGUCCGCAUUGAGGAUAGCACCACCGCCUCACCACCACCCCUGCCCCUCCAGCCCACCCACAGCUCCGGGACUGCCAAGCCCCCCUUCCAGCUCUCGGACCAGCUGCAACAGCAAGACCCACCAGGGUCCACCAGCGGCUCAGCACCUGGCCGCACACACCCCACCCUGGGCCUCCUGCCUGUCGCUGCCACCAUCGCUGCCCCCUUCCUGCUGCACAACCUUGGGCCCUCCUGACCUUGGCCACCUCCUGCAGAGAAGCCAGAGAAACCACCCGAAGGUCUGCGGCCACACCCCGCCACUCCUGCCACCACCACCACCUCCAGGGGUACCCAACACAUGCAGGGCAGUCCAGACGAGACGGGCUAGAACACUAGAGCUUGAUUGUACCGAAGUUACAUCUUCUUUUUUGUAGAAGGAUCUUAAUUUCCCAUAGUGCUAUGGGGCUCUUUUGUAAAAUAUGUGUCCAUAUUAAAAAAGAAAAGUGUAUUUAUUCUACCGAUAAAA